AUGAGCCAAGUCUGCGCUAAGUUCUCUGGCCUCUGGAAGAUCGUGGUGUGGGAUGAGGAGUUCUUCCAGGGCCGGAGGCAGGAGUUCACCGCCGAGUGCUAUGACGUGAGGGCGUGCGGCUUCCAGACACUCCGCUCCUUCAAGAUUGAGAGUGGCGCGUGGGCAGGCUUUGAGCACGUGGGCUUCCAGGGGCAGCAGUUCGUUCUGGAGCGAGGCGAGUACCCUCGCUGGGAGGCCUGGAGUGGCAGCCACGCCUACCACAUGGAAAGGAUGAGCUCCUUCCGCCCCAUCGCCUGUGCUAAUCACCGGAACAGCAAGAUGACGAUCUUCGAGUGGGAGAACUUCCUGGGGCGGAAAGGGGAGCUGAGCGAUGACUACCCUUCGCUGCCAGCCACGGGCUGGGGGAGCAGCGCGGUGAGCUCCUUCCAUGCUCACUCUGGCGCCUGGGUCUGCUCUCAGUUCCCUGGGUACCGGGGCUUCCAGUACAUCCUGGAGUGCGACUGUCACGCGGGCGAAUACAAGCACUUCCGGGAGUGGGGCUCCCAUGCACAGACCUCCCAGGUUCAGUCCAUCCGGAGGAUCCAGCAGUGA